UUUAAUCAGGCAAUAUCCUGAACGCCUAUGAUCUCAAGCAUACGCUACAACCAGAACUGUUGACCACCACAGCGUUUGAAGGGCUCAUGUUUACCUUUGGCAUUAAGAGUGUGUCCUGGAGGGUUUCUAGACUGGGGAGCCUCCUACCAACGAUAUCAAGACAUUCUAACAUGGCCUCGGAGUCCCACUGGCUCACGCCAGCAGACCGAGUGCAGUCGGUGAUGGAGCUGAGGGCAACCGGCUGGGCGGAGGUGGAGACCCGGGACGCCAUCUACAAAGAGCUCAGAUUCAAGAGCUUCAACCAGGCGUUUGGUUUCAUGACGAGAGUGGCCCUCCAAGCUGAGAAGAUGAACCAUCACCCUGAGUGGUUUAACGUCUAUAAUAAGGUCCAGAUCACGCUGACGACCCAUGACUGCGGAGGGCUUUCUAAACGCGAUAUCAAAAUGGCCAAGUUUAUUGACAAAACCAGUAUAAAUUGCUAAUAAAGUUGCUAUUUGUAUUACAUGGUUAUCUUAUUGUUAGUAAUUGACAAACUAAACUAUAUAUCUUUAUCACUGAAGACCUUUAUCUUAACAAAACCAGUUGAUUUAGAGAAACAAAUGUCCCUGGGUUGCCUGGGUUUAAUCUUCAGACACCUAGAAGUUCAUUGUUUUGAAUAAAAUAACUUAAUUGAAGUUGAAAACAUCAAUAGCGCAGGUUUUGAAAAAUGUUGUGGGUCUUUUUGUAAGAUUCUGCUAUAUGAUUUAUUCGAUAAAAAAUAUUUGAAAUAUUUUCAUUGCAUUUGUUGAAUACUGUUUUUGUUAUGGAAUUAAAAAAUUAAAUACUUUCUGCAAUUCAAAUUCCAUUGUCUCACU